UUCAUUACCUGAUUAAAAACUGCCGGGAAAUCGCAUUUCUCUCCCUUGCGCGCUUCUCUACCGGCUACCGUAGUACGCAGACCGGACCCACGUGGUUAAUCAAAACAUCAUGGCGGCCGGUUUCAAGACUGCCGAGCCUCUGGAGUACCACAGGAGCUUUCUGAAAGAAAACUGUCGACCUGAUGGACGCGAGCUGACGGAGUUCAGGACCACGACACUGAACAUAGGCUCCAUAUCCACAGCAGAUGGCUCAGCUCUGGUGAAGGUUGGAAACACCACGGUCAUCUGUGGCAUCAAAGCGGAGCUGACUAACCCCACAGUGGAGGCUCCUGGAAAAGGUUACAUCGUGCCCAACGUGGACCUGCCGCCUCUGUGUUCGUCUCGGUUCCGGCCGGGCCCGCCGGGAGAACAGGCACAGGCUGCCAGCCAGUUCAUCGCUGACGUCAUUGAAAGCUCUGAACUGAUCCAAACAGAGGACCUGUGCAUCGACAGAGGAAAGCUCUGCUGGGUGCUUUACUGCGACUUGAUGUGUCUUGACUACGAUGGGAACGUGUUGGACGCGUGUGUCAUCGCCCUGCUGGCUGCCCUGAAGAACACACAGCUGCCAGAGGUCACCAUCAACACAGAGACGUGUUCGCCACAGGUGGAUCUAGAAAAGAGACGCGGGCUGCACAUUCACAAACAUCCGGUCAGCGCUUCUCUUUGCGUCUUCGAUGACUCCAUACUGAUCACAGACCCCACAGCUGAGGAGGAGAGCCUGACGAGCUCUCAGCUCACCGUGGUGACGGAUGAGGAAGGACGACUCUGCGCUAUGCACAAACCAGGCGGGACGUCGAUGUCUGCAGAGAAGCUGCAGGAGUGUAUCAGCAGAGCAACGGCGCGACAGCAAGAGAUCCAGAAACUCAUCGACAAAGUCAUACACAGCGUGAAGGCGGCACAAUAAAGAGCCUGAGACGACGCUUUUUUUUAUCUAAAAGCUGUAUUUUCCACUGUCAAUAUAUAUUCUUUUU